ACAAAUAAACGGAGGUACUAUAUACGAGCUUCCCGAACUUUGCGAGCAGUAAACUUGUGAGCUAACGGGACUGGAGCUUCUUGCUGCGGAGCGAGCCGAUUGUAAAACGUAUUACAUAGAGGCUGAAAAAGAAAAAGAAAAAGCUGCUGCUUACUGUAACAUCUCAAUGGAUGUGAAACAGGAGACCUGUGAUAUGGACAAGAAUAUCGUAGAUAUUAAGGAGGAGGACUGUGAGUGGGAAUCCAUCUACCCUAAACAGGAAAGUCCGAGCAUUAAGCAGGAGAACCGUGAACUGCAGUCAGUGGGCAUUAAAGAUGAAGGCGAAAAGAAGUCAGUCAGUAUUGAGACACAUAACCAUACAAAUCUGAAGAGUAUUGAGGAGGAUGACUUUCAUGACGGGUGUCAGGAUGGAGUGGUGACCAGGUUAGGCUCUUCUCAAAGCAGACCCUGUUCAUCUCCAGAGCCUUCUAUCAAUGUGAAGUCUGAAUCAUUAGAGUCUGACACAAAGAGGACUGAGGAGACUACAUCUGUUAGAAGUCGGGAAAAUCAGCCACCAGCUACAAAGAAGUCUGGGAAAAGAAACGAACAUCACUGCUGUUUGGAAUGUGGCAAAGAAUUCUCUGGAAAGAGUGCUCUUCAGAGACACACAAGAUUUCACACCGGAGAGAAGCCAUAUUGCUGUAAUGAAUGUGGCAGAUGUUUCUCUUACAGGAGCAGUUUUAAAACCCACAUAAGAAUUCACACUGGAGAAAAGCCGUACUGCUGUGUGCAUUGUGGGAAAAAAUUCUAUGCUGCAACUUCUUUGCAGAUACAUACAAGAAUUCACACUGGAGAGAAGCCAUUUCACUGUAAUGAAUGUGGUAAACAGUUUUCACAAAACGGCAGUCUUCAGACCCACAAAAGAAUUCACACAGGAGAGAAGCCAUAUUGCUGUAAUGAUUGUGGUAAACAGUUUUCAGAAAAAUGCCAUCUUCAGAUUCACAAAAGAGUUCACACAGGAGAGAAGCCAUAUUGCUGUAAUGAAUGUGGUAAACAGUUUUCACAUAAAAGCCACCUUCAAAAUCACAAAAGAAUUCACACUGGAGAGAAGCCAUAUUGCUGUAAUGAUUGUGGCAAACAGUUUUCAGAAAGAGGAAGUCUUAAGAGUCACAGAAGAGUUCACACUGGAGAGAAGCCAUAUUGCUGUAAUGAAUGUGGAAAACAGUUUUCACAACUAAACAGUCUGAAGUACCACACUAGAGUUCACGCCAGAAUAAAACCAGUAACCGUUCAAAAAUCAGUCUAGAAAAACCAGCCUCCUUAAGGACUUAAGAGUGAGGUUCACUCCUGUUCUGAAAAACAAGGAAACCAAACUACUGUUGAGAAAUUAAUCCCUGAGAGAAACCCUAUUGCUGUUUGGAAUGUGGGAAACUAUUCUGUCAGAGGAUUUCUCUUCAGUAACAUAGAGAUCGCACCAGAGAGAAGUACAACAGAACUGUCCCGACUAAAGAGUGAGGUUCACUCCUGCCUGGACAGUAAGAACAUGUAACCGACUGGAAUCCUUCCUACUUCAUGUUGUGUCGGAAACAAGUCAACAUGGAGGAGAAAUAGAAGUUUGUUUCCUUUUCCCUUCACAGAAACAAAUAAAAAAAAAAAAAAUACAAAGAACUUCUCUCCAAAGCUAAAUAAUUAAUCAAGUCAAUUACAAAUAAUUACAAAUGCAAAGUAGUAGUACAAAAUAAAUAAAACUAAAAUCCAGAAUGUACACAUGGCCAAUGUUGUACACCAUGCUGAAUUAUGUUUAAAUGAUGUGGCAGCAUGCUAAUAGGAUUAAUGCUAUUUUUUGUUGGUGGUGUUAAUAAAAAAAUAAAUCUGCAUAUAAGAACUAAAAAAAAAAAAUUAUUAGAUGCUUGAGCAUUUUCAAAUAAUAUACAUGUCAAAUACUCCCCGAGGAGUACGUUAGAAGAGAAAGAAGUCAAAACACACUGGCCUAAGAACCUAAGUCUUUGUGGACCUUAAAAUGUUGGGCCUAGUUGGAUAAGAUCUAUAUUUGGGGGCUAUACCCUUUGUCUUGGCAUACCACCCUGAAGAAUUUAAAUGUUCUGAAGUGCCUCCAUUUAAUUUAAUUUUAAAUUGUUACUUACUGAACUAUUAUUAAAACUAAAGGCGACGUUUCUUUUCCCAUCCAAAUAAGCAUUCUUUCAGAGAGCUUUUAUAAGGUAGUUAGCACUUGUAACCUGUCAAAGACAUGGUUUAGAAAGAAUUUCAAAAGGAUUUGAUAUGUUAGGACUGAUAGGCACUGACUGUUUGUCACCAUGAGGAGGUCACUUCAUCUGCCUGUGCUAACACUGGAAAAACAAAAGAAAUACAUGCAGUUGUGUCUCAAAUGUUGUAAGUCCCCUUGGCGUCAGUCAAAUAAUUAAUAAGAAUUGUCAGAAACUUUAGUAAAGUCACACCCUUGACCAGAAGGGGUUUCCUUUUCCCAAGAGACUUGGCACUCUCAUGCUGUCUUGGGUUACCUACAGUGUGCUUGUUUAUUGUUGUAAAUUGUUUGUUAUUUUAAAUAAAUUUCAAAAUACUCAAAUUCA